UCUGGCAAUGCCGGCUCUGUUAUCUCUAAAGUAAAAAUCAGCUGUUUCUUUUUCCACAAAUAAAGGAUUUAUCAUCACAGUGCAAUGAAUCGAAAUUUAUACUAAUGUUGCUUGGAAAAACCACUUUGCGAAGAAUUAAAAAAACAUAAAUAUUACAAAAUGAACAACAACAACCCAAAUAUAUUUUUUAAUCCACUUAUUAGUGCCAUACAGAAAGUGGUUCUAUACGAAACGCGCAGCCGUCUCUACCUUGUUGGCAGCAAUAAUCGGGAAACCCGUUUUCGUAUGCUCACAAUUGAUCGCACUCAACAUGACCGCGUUGUCAUCGAUGAGAAUCCAGAUGAGUUGAAUGCGCUUGAAAUACGUCGAUUCCUGGCAUCGCUGGGUAGCUCACCGCGCGUAACAUCAGCCUACGGCGUUCUAGGUUUUGUACGCUUCCUCGAAGGCUAUUAUUUAUUGCUCGUUACCAAGCGUAAGUGUUGCGCACACAUUGGCAUGCAUCUGAUAUACACCAUCAAGGAUACGGUAAUGGUGCGCGUCAACGAACCGACAACAUUGCGUACACCGCAUCCUUAUGAGGAGCGUUAUAAAAAAAUGUUUCAGAGUAUCGAUUUGCGCAGUAAUUUUUACUUUUCCUAUUCGUACGAUUUGACGCGUACUCUGCAGUAUAAUGAAUCAGCACCGCGUUUUGUGGGACCCAAUGUCGAUUUGGAGCACGAUGAGCCGUUGCCGGACUGGAAUAAGCUUACUAACAAUGUGGUAGCGCCUGAUGAGCGUGUGAAUUAUGCCUUUCGCAGCAACUCACGUACGCGCUUUGUCUGGAAUGCUUUCCUCUUGCAGCCAAUGCGUGGCAUUAUUCCUAAAGAUUGGCUAUUAGAGGUCACACAUGGCUACAUUAGUCAGUCAUGUAUUAGUGUGUUUGGAAGACAUGUCAACGUCUGUUUAAUUGCACGUCGUAGUACACGAUUUGCGGGCACGCGAUUUCUCAAACGCGGCGCUAACUAUCAAGGCGAUGUUGCAAAUGAAGUUGAGACGGAACAAAUUGUUACAGAUGGUCAACGAAUGUGCUCCUUCACACAAAUGCGCGGUUCAAUACCCUCACACUGGUCACAAGACGUGGUCAAGAUGGUACCAAAACCACAGAUUCAAGUGGAUAUUUGUGAUCCAUAUGCGCAAACACCAGCGCGUCAUUUCGAUCGCCUACUUUUUCAUUAUGGCGCGCCUAUUAUCAUUUUGAAUCUGGUUAAAAAACAUGAGAAACGCAAGCAUGAAUCGAUUAUCUCUAAGGAACUGGUCUAUAGCAUACGCUACCUUAAUCAGUUCUUGCCGCCGCAACACCGUAUGAAGCACAUUCACUUCGACAUGGCGCGCAAAAGUCGAGCUGGUGGCAAUGUCAUGGAAAUGCUAGCUGACAUAGCGGAGAGCGUCGUGCAACAGACCGGCAUGUUUUUCAAGGCGCGUGGUAGCGAAUGCACUUUUCAAAAAGGCAUAGUGCGUACGAAUUGCGUCGAUUGUCUAGAUCGCACAAAUACGGCACAAUUUGCCAUAGGCAAAUGUGCGCUUGGUCAUCAACUAGAGCUUUUAGGAUUUGUCAAAUCCACUAAACUCGAAUUCGACUCAGAUUGUGUAACGAUGUUGGAGAAUUUGUAUGAAGAGCAUGGUGACACGCUAGCGCUGCAGUAUGGUGGCUCUCAGCUUGUGCAUCGCAUUAAAACUUACCGAAAGACAGCAGCUUGGGCCUCGCAGGGCAAUGACAUCAUGCAAACGCUAAGUCGUUAUUACAGCAACACCUUCAGCGAUACCGAGAAGCAGCACAGCAUUAACUUAUUCCUGGGCUAUUACAUACCGAGCAAAAGCCAUACGAAACAAAAUCAGCCAAUUUGGGAAUUGCAAACAGAUUACUAUAUGCAUAACGUUUAUAAGCCGCUUACACCACAAAAUGAGACGCGCCACAUUACAGACUGGGUGCGCCACAAGGUGCGCUCCUGUCUACCCCACUCCACUUCGGACUCGAAUAAAAUUGUAAAAGAACUAUUUCGUGUACAUUCCAAAGGUCUGGAAAUGAUCGACGCAUAUGCCAACUACCAUCAGUCUUUCAAAUGGACCGAUCUCAGUGAGCACAUCGCCUUCGAGAUUAGCCAGCUUGCUUUGCGUUACAUGCCUACAUUCCGCACCAACUACUCACCAUUCCAGCGGCAAAUACAGGAUCGUAAAGCAAGCAAAAAUCCCAACCUAACCGGACAAAGUUCGACCAGCUCCACCAAUAGCAACUCAUCGAGUUCCACAUCCGAAGCAGAUGAUACCUCGUCUGAUGAGGAUAUAAGUGCAGGCUAUUCCAUUAAGGAUGCAAAUCAAACUGAGUCCGUGGAGCAAGACAUAUUUACGUUAGAGUCGCUGUUACCGCCUAUGGAAGAGGUGUACGGAUGUAAGAUCACUAAUCCAUCUAAAGCGAAUAUGGCCAUUUACAAGAAAUAUGUGCAAAUGGGAAAAUUAUGUAGUGGAAGCAAUAGUCAUUUUGCACUUUCGCCAUCGUUGGCGCCACGUGAACGCGAUAAUGAAAUGGCAAAGCUAUUGCGUGGCAUAAACUUGCGACCCCUAAGUGAUUACGGAACUAAUUCGUAUUUGAGUGUGAAACCACCCACAGUGAGCGAGGAAAGUCAAAAAAUAUAUGCGGAAUAUUGCAAGGUGCCGCGCAACUUCAAUGCAGUGCCGAAAUUUGAAGAGUUUGAUGUACUAUAUCGUUACGUGCAAAUGCUCUAAAGAGCUGAUGAAAAUAUUGAGCAAGUUAUGCAAGCGUUUUAUGACUAAAAUGCGUUUGAAUAUAUGUUAAUUGUGUAUAAAGUAUUAUGAUUAGUAGUUAAUUUUUUAUUGCACUUCUAAAAUGCACGCAAUUAUAAGGAACACGUAUUUCACGAGUGAAAAAAUUAUGUUUUCCUGUCGAGCAUCUCGUCGUUUAAAGUACAAAACCGCUUAACUGACAUUUGCUGUCAAAAAUUGGAUUUGCUCACACAAGCUCUGGUCUCAAUCUUUAUCCAUUCAUGCUGAAAUAUACUAGCCAGAAAUACGAUUGCUUAAUAAAAAAGAGAACCAUUUUGAAAUAUGAGCGUUUUUACUCUCUUGAAAAG